GCACCUGCACCGUGUAGACUCGGUCAGACCAGACGAGCACUUGCCUUGGCUUGGCCGGGCUUGGCCGGGCACCUUACUUACUUGGACUCAUCGAUCCAACAGCUAGCGAGGCGAGCAGAGCAAAGCAAAGCAUGGAGGCCGACGCCGCCGGCGAGUUGCGGCACUGGGCUGCGGACGUCAACGGCAUCUCGCUCCACGUCGCCGAGCGCGGCCCCUCCACCGGGCCGGCGGUCCUCCUCAUCCACGGCUUCCCGGAGCUGUGGCUCUCCUGGCGCCACCAGAUGGCCGCGCUCGCCGCCCGCGGCUUCCGCGCGCUGGCCCCCGACCUCCGCGGCUACGGCGAUUCCUCCGUCCCCGCCGACCCAGCCGCCUACUCCAUCUUCCACAUCGUCGGCGACCUGGUCGCCCUCCUCGACCACCUCCGCCUCCCAAAGGUGUUCGUGGUUGGGCACGAUUGGGGUGCGCAUGUGGCGUGGCACCUCUGCUUGUUCCGGCCGGACAGGGUGCGCGCCGCCGUCAUCCUGGGGAUUCCCUACUUUCCCCGCGGUCCUCGCCCGAUGGCCGAGUCGUUUGCAAAGCUCGGCGAUGGCUUCUACAUCAAUCAGUUUCAGGAGCCUGGAAGAGCCGAAAGGGCAUUUGGUCGCUAUGACGUUGCAACUGUGCUAAAAAAGUUCUAUGCCCUUGAAAUCGAUGAACUCAUUGCUCCUCCUGGAGUAGAGAUCAUAGACUUUCUUCAGGCACCUUCGUCACCACUUCCCUGGAUGACAGACGACGAGCUUGGCCAGUAUGCCGAGAAGUUUCAGAAGACCGGGUUCACAGGACCCCUAAACUACUACCGCACGUUGGACAUAAAUUGGAGGCUUACUGCACCUUGGAGUGGAGCGAAAAUCCUAGUGCCUGCCAAGUUCAUUCUUAGUGAGAAUGACGUUGGUCUCCAGUCCUUCGGGACUGAGAAGUACGUCAAGAGUGGGGGUUUGAAGUCCAGUGUUCCAAAUGUUGAGGUCUCGAUUAUUGAAGGUCACCAUUUCCUGCAGCAAGAGAAGGCUGAAAGAGUGAAUUCUGAGAUACUUUCCUUCCUAGACAAGUUUGCCAGCGAGGAGGCAUCAGCAUGAUGUUCUUAUUUUCAGUCAGUCCUGAGAAGAAGAUGGUAUCCUACCUGUGAUCGAGUGACUUCCAAACUGAAAAUGGUGAUGCUCAUAUGUAACUGUUCUUGAAUAAGUGGGUUAGCCAUCUGUUCACUCGCAUUUAAGAGUAAACAGAGCAAGUCAAAAACAGUUGAUAUUCAAACUUUUCAUCCAUGAACGGUGUCAUAUGUGGUCCUGUAAAAUUUCCACUCCAUCUGCUCGUUUCAGCAGGUGGAAAUUCAAUUAUGAGGUCCUGCUCGUCGUUUUCCUUUCA